AUGGCAGCCAUUUCAUCUUUCCGGUACUCAACAGGCAAGAUCGCCACCGCCGAGGCAGCCAAGUCGUUUUCGUGGGAGGCACCUGUACCAGUAAAUCGUUUCUGGGACAGUUUCAGUUACUCUACUGCCCGGAAUUUUCUGGGCAACUUUUCGGAUAACGAAUUGGAACAGCUAGCUGCCGACCCUGCGGGAAUGAACCCCGACGAUACCGCAGAUCAGCAAAAAAAGCUUCAGCUUCUCCUUCAACUACUCCAGGACAAGUUGGCAAAGGAAGAAGCGGCCACUUCGCCCCCUCAGUCACUCUAUAAAGUCGAUUACGAACAGUGGAAUAAGCUGUGGCAGGGAAUAUAUAUACUCGAGGAUGAAUUGGAUCUACCGCAGGCCGAGGAAACUGUCCGCAUGCUAGUGGAGAAAAGGCCGGAUACAUCGAACGUUGUCCCUCCCCAUAUGCUGGCAGAUCACCUUGUCAAGGUUGGGAAAUAUAAGGAGGCGGAGGAAGUUGUGCUGCCGGUUUGUGAGUGGAUGGAUGCUCAGGCAAAGCUUGGAAAAGGCUCUCCGCAAGCCCUCAGCGCUCGCAGGACUAUCACAAGAGCCUUAUGGGGCCAGGGUCCCUCACGACGAUCUGAGGCCGAGGCGCUAGUUGUCGAGAUCCGUGAACUUGUUGAUGGCAUGGGCGGAAGCAAGUUUGAAAUUUACCAGGAAGAGGAGAUGGGGCUUUACAAGGAAAUGGUAGCUGGUCUGAAGCACGAGAUUUAG